AUGGACUCCAAUUCCCAACAACCAGGAAGUAGUCCUCCUCCUAAACCGUGGGAACGAGCGGCAACAUCAUCAUCUGGCCCUACACCGUUUAAGCCACCAUCGCCGGGAAGCACAAGUGACGUAGUUGAGGCAUCUGGAACAGCGAGGCCGGGAGAAAUUGUUCCUGCCACUGGUGGGAAUACAGUUGCUACCACAAAUUCUCUUGGGAGACCUGUGCCCGCUAGGCCCUGGGAGCAACAAAACGCUGGAACCAUGUAUUCAGGUUAUAAUAAUGGGUAUAGUACGGGAAUGCUUGGAUCUUCGUAUGGUGGAAUGCUUGGCUCUUCGUAUGGUGGAAUUGGAGGCUAUAGUGGUGGAAUGUAUGGGAACACUGCAUAUAGAGGAGGAUACGGGGGGCGUAUUCAGGUGGCAUGUAUAAUGGAGGGAUGUACGGUGGUGGUCUUGGUGGCCCGAUGGGUGGUUACGGAAUGGGCAUGGGUCCUUGCGGCGAUCAAGAUCCAAAUAAUCCCUUUGGUGCUCCACCGUCACCUCCAAGCUUUUGGACCACCACCAGAAAAUACCAGUGCUUUUUUGCUCUCUGGCCGUGGUAGUAGAAUAGAACAAGAAGCCACUAAAAUCCACAGGAAUUGGUUUGGAACUAGGAAAGCUUGCACAAAAUGCAUGGUUUCAUUUCAUUAUCUCUUACUGGCAGAGUAUUUCAUUGAGAACCAUCUGAUUCACCAUGAUUGGAGUUCCAUAUUUGAAGGGCAAUAUUUAUUGUCUCCUAAUAUGCAAGGCGUUGUGAAUGUUUUUGGCCGGAUAUCAUUUUUGAUUGACCAGAACACCCAGGCAUUCCACAUGUUCAUGUCUGCCCUUCUUCAGCUCUUUGACCGUUCAGGGUUGUUGUAUGGAGAGUUAGCUAGAUUUGUUUUGAGAUUGUUGGGAAUCAAAUCAAAGCCCCGGAAAGUACAAGGCCCGGGACCUGAUGGAUUGCCUGCCCCCCACAACCCCCGAGGGAAUCAGAGCUACAUUGAAGGGCCAAAGGCUGCUCCAAGUGGUGCGUGGGAUAAUGUAUGGGGAAACGGUACUAGCAACUGA